AUUUAAAUGUCGUCUUUACACACUCUUGCACUGUGUUUUUCAACAUUUAUUGAGUUGAAUGACAAUCAAGACUGUGUCAUGAUUAGUUAGUAUGCAAGAAGAACGACACAAAGUAUCUCAUACUUUAUCAUAUUCAGAUUAAAAAGAUGAUGGCUGCAAAUGGAAAUUACUUGAUUUCAACAUAAUUUCAAAUUUUGACAGUGAACUUGUUGUUGGUUUCUUUGAAAUAUCAUAAAAAUUCAUCUGCUUGACAGUAAAAGUUCGCAUCUAGUUUUCAUUGUGAAACAUGCAGCUGACAAAUUGCAGAAGAAACAAACGUUACAAAAAUGCAUUGCUGAAGUGGCAAAAAAUUGAAAAGAUUUCAUGGAAAGAAAACUUUUACAGAAGCACCUGGUAGGAGGGGUGGUUAUUUUAUGACAGAGUCAGGAGGGGGUGAAUGCUUUAACAAAAGCAAUUUAGAGCAAGGAUGGUUACUUCAUAAGUUGAAGAAGUUAUGAAAUAUGUCCUUUGUAAUCAUUGGUUCCCUGUUGUUUGUCUUUGUUCUCCAGUUCAUGAAUGACAUGAUCAUUAAAUGAUUGGUGUUAACAGUUGCAUCAUAAUUGGUUAUUUCAAAAGUUAGCAAGUUGUAAAGAGAUUUUGAUGCUAUGCUGUACUUAUGUAAGAUGUCAUUUCGUAUGCUACCUGUGGACACAUACUGGCAUUUGACUGAGGAUGUGGUCUUUCCUUGUUAUGUAUUUGCUGUGGUCUUUGGUUUUACAUUACUGGCUGUUUGUGUUCUUGAAGAAUGGAGUGGUAAUGAUUUUAUUUCAUGGUGGAAAAAUGUUCAUACUUCGUUGAAAAGACGUCCUGAAGUCGUUUAUCAUCAUGUACAAACAUUCUUCUUUACCUUUAUGGCCGUAACUACGUUGAGAUUUAAGUUUUUAUGGAUGCCACAUAUUUGCAUUGUCGCCGCAGGAAUAAUUUGUUUGCAGGAUUUGUGGAGCUUUCUCUUGUCGAAAAUUUACCUGACAUGUGCAAAGGCUAAAAUUGGAAGUUCCUUGGUUCCGAUAAUUUUGAUUGUUUUGGUGUUGUAUCAGAGAAUGGAAGGAGUGUUGAACGAAUUAAAAGAUUUGAAAAUUCAUGGUCCAUUUGCAAAAUUCUCUUUGAUUGAUUUGAUUGAUUGA